AUGGCGUUGAGCGCCGUUGCGGAGGAAUAUUUUCGUUCGAUGAAUCCGUUAGCUGCAAAAAUUCAUGAAGAUAUUGCUGAAGCCAAAAACGCAUAUGAAAAUAUUUGGAAUUCUCUAACCGAUAAGGAAAAGAAUGAAAUAAUAAAUGAAUCGAUAAUUAAACCUGAAAUUGCACUCAAAUAUGCUCUAUUGGAUUCUUUAGAGUUUGAUUUGAAUGAUCCACCAGUACGUAAAGAUGAUUUAAUGUCUUUCUUUGGAAGAGAACAUGGCUUAAAACUCAUACAGGAUGACAAUGGUACAUAUAGGGAUGAACAUUCUGCACCAUUUCUGUAUCAGACAAAAAGCCAAUUGAACUUGUGUAUUUUGAGUGAGCUCAGAGGAUCUAAAGACUUAAAAUGUACAUCCCCACCUCCAAUAUUGUCAGAAUUGGCAUUGUCUCAUUCAAAAGUAGUAAAUGAAUUGAAAAAUGCUCUCAAAUCACAUGAUGUAUUGAAAAGCACAUACAAAGAACCUCAAGACAGAGAAGUGACGUCUCCAACAGGGUUUAUAAGUAAAUUUAUUGGUAACUUUAAGUGUAAGGAUGAAGAGAGGGAAUGUUUGAUGCCUAGUGGACAGAAUACGCAUAUAGUUGCUUCUUCAGAUAAUUUCUUCCGAACAAAUUUUAAGAGUCCUCAAAAUGAAAGCAAAUUUGAUAAAGACUACAGGAGCAGUGUAAUUAAGUCUAGUAGCGAUUUAUCAGAAGAAAAUCGUGGUCUCCUGUCGUCGAGUCAAGCGUCCUCAGGCACCGACUUCCAGUCCACGGAGACCCUCACCGAGUCCACAACAGUACCAAAGACCGGUUACGACUUUUUGGACAACUGGUAA